CGGGGGUGGGGGUUUCGGGGCUACGGGGGGGAGAAAAAAAGACAUCUCGCGAGACUUCCCCCAAUUUCCAUCAAGUCCCCGAGCCCCUUCUCCCGGUGGCCGCGUCCCUGCUCUCAAAUCAGCGGAGCUCGAGCGCGCGCUCUCCUCUCCGCCGCAUUUGGUGAGGGGAGGGGUUGGCUGACGCCGGCGGCGGCGGCGGCGGCCUCAAGCUUGGGACCGGCUAGCUCCCCACCUACCCGCCAGAGGGGGCCGGGAGUGGAGAAGGAGCUGGCUGGGUGGGGGGAGGGACGGCAGGGCGUUUGGUCGCCGCCGCCGCUGCCCCGGCUCAGGGUGUGGAAUAGCAGGAUCCACCACCACACCGCCACCACCAACACACCACCACCUCAUCACACCACCGCUACUACCACUACUUCUACCACCAUCACCACCACCUCCACCGCCGCCGCCGCCGCCGCUGCUGCUGCUGCUUCCUCCUCCUCUUCUUCCUCAGACGCUUGAACUGACUGGACCGGCUGGAAGGAGUUUCGGGCGGAUGGACGCCCCGCCUCGCCCCGCCUGAGCCCCGGUACACCGCCCGCCCGCUAGGGCUGAAGCCCGGCUCUUGCUGCACGAGCAGUUACUACCCGAAGAAAAGAAGGAGGAGCUGCCGCUAUCGGGCUUCUCCGCGCCGGAGCUCCCAGCAUGGUUGACUAUAUUGUGGAGUAUGACUAUGAUGCAGUACAUGAUGAUGAAUUGACCAUUAGAGUUGGGGAGAUUAUCAGAAAUGUGAAAAAACUAGAAGAGGAGGGAUGGAUGGAAGGAGAACUAAAUGGAAGAAGGGGAAUGUUUCCUGAUAAUUUUGUUAAGGAAAUUAAGAGAGAUCCAGAACCCAAGGAUGAAAAUUAUCCUUUCAAAAGAGAGAAGCCUGGAAAUGUAGCCAAUCUUGUACAACGCAUAAGCACUUAUGGACUUCCAGCAGGAGGAAUUCAACCACAUCCCCUAACCAAAAAUGUUAAGAAGAGAGCAAAGAGGCGACUAUGUAAAGUUCUCUUUGAGUAUAAUCCCCAAAAUGAAGAUGAAUUAGAGCUCAGACUGGGCGAUAUCAUUGAAAUUACUGAAGAGGUAGAAGAAGGCUGGUGGAGUGGGACUGUGAACAACAAAUCAGGACUAUUUCCCUCAAAUUUUGUGAAAGAAUUGGAGAUUACUGAUGAUGGAGAAGCCCAUGAAACUCAAGAGGAAUCAGAAGCUGUUUUUACUAGCCCUACCUCACCUUUAGGCUCUCUGGCAAAUGAGACUGAAACUGCAGCUGGAUCAGUUGCACAGCCAAAGAAAAUUCGGGGAGUUGGAUUUGGAGAUAUUUUUAAAGAAGGUUCAGUGAGGCUCCGAACAAGAAUGCCCAGUAAUGAAGUAGAGGAAAAAAAAACAGACAAGCCUUUAAAUGCACAUACACUAGGAUUCAGACCACCACAGUGUCAGAGUGUAGAAGUAGCAAAGGCAGAAAUUGAAGGCAAAUAUAAAGCUAAGGAAUAUUGUAGAACAUUAUUUGCCUACGAAGGUGCUAAUGACGAUGAACUUUCUUUUAAAGAAGGGGAAAUCAUCCAUUUGAUAAAUAAGGAUACUGGUGAAGUAGGAUGGUGGAAAGGUGAACUUAAUGGUAGAGAAGGAGUGUUUCCAGACAACUUUGCUAUUCAGAUACAAGAACAAGAUAAAGACUUUCCUAAACCAAAGAAGCCACCACCCCCUUCCAAGGGACCAGAUGAAAAGUCAACUAUGGAACAGAAACUUUCAAAGCCAGCUGCUCCCCAGGUACCACCCAAAAAACCUACACCUCCUAACAAAUCCAACAAUUUAUUAAGAUCCUCAGGGAUGAUGUACCCAAAGCGACCAGAAAAACCAGUUCCUCCACCACCACCACCUUCUAUCUCUAAGUUCAAUGGGGAAGUUCCUACCUUCCUGCCAAAGACAGAAAAUGAGCCAGUAUUGAAACCAAAGUUAGAUUCUGAACAAGUACCUACUAGACCAAAAUCAAUAGACCUAGAUUCAUAUGUAAUAAGAAGCUCUAAAGAGCUCGAUGUUGUGAAUUUUGAUGACAUAGCUUCCUCCGAAAACCUUUUACAUCUUACUGCAAAUAGACCGAAGAUGCCUGGGAGGAGGUUACCUGGUCGCUUCAAUGGCGCUCAUAGUCCAAUUCAAAGCCCAGAAAAAACCUUAAAGUUUCAGAAAGGUGAAGAAGAAAGUGCCAAAUUAAAACCAACAGAAGUUAAAAAGACACCUGCGUACCCAUCAGCAGCUUCAGCUUCAACUCCUAGAGCAACUCUCCUUAGUUCAGUAGAUGCCAAAACAAAAGAAGUUGACGAAGGGAAGAAAAAUGUACUAGAUGACCUCAGAACACAAGUGGUUGAGUUAUUGUGUGUUGUAGAAGUAAUCAAAAAGGAACAUGGGAAGGAACUGGAAAAACUACGAAAAGAAUUGGAAGAAGAGAAGGCAAUAAGAAGUAACUUAGAGACAUCUGUGUGUGCUUCAGCAGUUUCACCUUCAACUAGAAAAAAUAUUCUCAGUUCAGUGAAUGUCAGAACAAAGGGAGAAAUUGAAGAUGGGAAGAAAAGCUUGAUAGAUGACCUCAGGGUACUGAUUAUUGACUUAUUGAAUGUUGUCGAAAUAAUCAGAAGGGAACAUGGAAAAGAACUGGAAAAACUAAGAAAAGAAUUAGAAGAGGAGAAGGCAAUGAGAAGUAACGUAGAGGUGGAAAUAGAAAAGCUGAAAAAAGUCGUCCUGUCUACUUGAGGGAGGUGUGAUGUUAGACUCAAUGUUCUUCUUUUGGCCAGGGAUUCAUAAACGAGAAUAUGAACUGAAAA